CAGAUCUGAGCACUGAGUUGGCCAAAUUCUCGACUUUUGUACGUUACUUUCCAUCAUAUCAACAUAUUUGACAGCGGUACGCCCACCUAUCAUCGCUCUACACGCAAACGCGUUCGUCGUAUCGGGUGUAAAAACGCUAUCUAGUAAUCACGGCUGUUACAAAACCCAAGCGCAAUCAGAAAUCGUUGUGUCGGGUCCAAAACACCAUCUAAAUCACUACUAGGCGGGCGUAACUUGCACCUUGCCAGCAUUCUUUUUGCAUAUUCCUGCAAGCGAGCUGUUCCAAUUUCGCUCCAAAUCCCUUCACCCUUCCGCAGCGCCAUGGGUUCCCAAUACAGUUUACACCUCUUGUUCUCUUCCGCACCUCGUCGCGUAUGGCAUGCAUACAUCCAAUAUCUAUGGAACCCGCUUCCUGGCUCCUGGGUCACCCAGGUCGCAUAUUCAUUCCGCAUAUUGGCGUUCCUGCUUAUUCUGCCAGUCGUCGUUCUGACACUGCUGGAUAUAACCUCCUAUGUGAUCGCACGCACUCUCGGUAUUGUUGACGACGUCAAAGCGUCCACAAGCGACCUGCCUGUUGUGACUGCUGAGGGCACGCCCUCGGUCCUCGUUGAAGAUACGUCAUCUGAAGAAUCCUUCCCCGCGGAGCAAGGCAGCUGCAUAUCUUCGGUUCAUCGGCAACAUAAUACCGACAUGAAGAGUGCGGGAGUACAGGAAGAAAUGAAGCUCCAGGCUUACUUCACGGGAGAGGAGGAUCUACGCUUGUCUAGUGUUGGCGUUCUCUCGCCUUCCCCGUCUCAGCCACCGUCACCUGUUCUACCCCACGAGAACUUGUCUGGAGAAGAUGAAUCGAUGAGAAUGGAAGGUCUACGUGAUGCACAGGAUGAGCCCAUGAUCCUGCGACGACGGGGCGCCCAAGCGAAAAGUGAUGAUUAAAUCAGCCUUUUUGGAAUCGCCGCUAGAACUACACAUUUUU